AUGAAGUGUCCUCGAUGUCACACGCUUUGUGAGGAGGGACAGCCGUUUUGCUUGAGAUGCAACCCAAUCGUCGAGGAAGAGAGAGGUAGGUAGCCUCGGGCCUUUUUUAAAAAGAGUGAUGAUGAGUCAUGUCGGCUGUAGGGCUAUUUUUUUUCAAUCAUUGACAAAAUACACUACAAAAUAGAAAACGGUAUUCAUUCAAACAACAAUCUCUUCACUUGCACAAGUACCGGUAGAUUGAAUACAUUUACAAAAAAGUAUAUCAUAAAAACGUGAAAAUUGGGCAUUUGAUCAUUUCAUUUUAUGAAUAUGAUAUUUUACUUGUCUAUAUCUUAUAACAUUUUAAUUAAAUUAAUCAUAAUUAAAUCUGUAUUGUAUUCCCACAAACUACAACCUAUCAAGGGAGUAAAAUCUGGUGAAAGGAGUCAUUGCCAAAAUAUUUGCCUUGCAAAGUGAUUGGCCCUGUCCACUAUUGGCCAGGGAUUUUCAUGUUAGGUAACCGAUAAACUAUGCUCUAGGUAGAACCUGUUCUUAGUCUUUGAUCUAGGAUCAACAUAGUCUAACCUUGUUUGGGGGAAAAAAAACUAAUCUGAAUCUGACCCUAGAUCAGUGUCAAGGGGUGGUCCUCUGUAGCUGAGUUGGUAGAUCAUGAUGCUUACAAUGCCAGGAUAGUGGGUUUGAUUCCUGGGACCACCCAUAUGUAUGCACGCACGACUGUAAGUCGCUUUGGAUAAAAGAGUCUGCUAAAUGGCACAAUUAUUAUAUACUUAUUCCUAUCAUCUAUUGGCCCAUUGUCUGUGCAUAGGGAGGAGUGGGGGCUGUAUCACGAACACUUGUCAGAAUGAGGUUUAGUGCUUUCUCUCUUUGGUGAGAUAUAAUUAAGCAAUAAUGCUUGAGGGAGUGUGGUAUAUGGCCAAUAUACCACGGCUAAGGGCUGUUCUUACGCACGAUGGAACGAGGAGUGCCUGGAUACAGCCCUUAACUGUAGUAUAUUGGUCAUAUACCACAAACCCUGAGGUGCCUUAUUGCAAUUAUAAACUGGUUACCAACAUAAUUAGAGCAGUAAAAAUAAAUGUUUUGUCAUACCGUGGCUGUCAGCCAAUCAGCAUUCAGGGCUCGAACCACCCAGUUUAUAAUGGAAAAUGAAGCAUCUGAUAAUGUUCCCCAUCCUUUUGAUGUGCUGCAACAUGUAUUUAAUUAGCAUUGUAACAUAAGCUCAUCUAAUGUAUUAUCCCAAACAUAUUGCAGAGCCAGGCAGUCUGAAAGAUGUGACCUAUGACCGGGGUAGGAGUGGGGCGGCUGAAGACACCUUGCCAAUGGACAGUUCCUCAGAUGAAGAGGUAGGGUUUGCUGUUGCUCUUUCACACACAGGUUUUUGCAGACAGAAAUGUGUUGUAUAACUUAUCAUACAGAAUCAAUAACCUUCUCAGCUCAAUAUAAAUAUACAGUGCCUUGCAAAAGUAUUCAUACCCAUUCGAUUUCUUUACAUAUUUUAGCAGAUGCUGUUAUCCAGAGCGACUGCAUACAUUUUCAUACUAGUCCCCCAUGGGAAUCAAACCCAUAACCCUGGCAUUACAAGCACCAUACUCUACCAACUGAGCCACAAGUGACCUUGCAGGGAUUUCUUUACAUAUUAUUGUGUUACAAAGUGGGACUAACAUCGAUUUAAUUGUGCGUUUUUGUCAACAAUCUAUUCAAAAUAUUCUGUAAUGUGAUAACUAAAAUGUAGUCGUUUCAUAAGUAUUCAGUCCCUUAGCCUAAAUUAGUUCAAGAGUAAAUUUGGCUUAAAAAAUAACAUCAUAAGUGACAUGGACUCUCUGUAUGAAAUAAAAGGGGUUGACAUUAUUUUGGAACGACUAACCCUUCCUCUGUCCCCCCAUACAACAUCUGUAAGGCCCCUCAAUCAAGUAUUGAAUUUCAAGCACAGAUUCAACUACAAAGACCAGAGAGCUUUUCGAAAGCCUCAUAAAGAACGGUAGUGAUUGGUGGAUGGGUAACAAUAACAAAUCAGGCAUUGAAUAUCUCUUUAACAUUGGUCAAGUUAAUAAUUAUGUUGAGGAUUAUGUAUUAAACCAGCGAGACACAUCAAAGAUACAGUCGUCCUUCUGAACUGAGCUGUAGGAAUGAAAUUGCUCAGGGACGUUACCAUGAAGCCAUUGGUGAUUAAAACAGUUACAGAGUUCAAUGGCUGUGAUGGGAGAAAACUGAGGAUGGAUCAAAAACACUGUUGUGACUGAUGGUGUGAAAAGAAGAAUAGACAUAUACAAAAAGAUUCCAAAACAUGCAUCUUGUAUGCAACAAGUCACUAAAGUACAUUGAACAAAAAUAUAAACGCAACAUGUAGUGUUGGUCCCAUGUUUCAUGAGCUGAAAUAAAAGAUGCCAGAUGUUUUCCAUACGCACAAUAAGAUUAUUUCUCUCAAAUUCUGUGCACAAAUUUGUUUACAUUCCUGUUAGUGAGCAUUUAUUUCUCCUUUGCCAAGAUAAUCCAUCCACCUAACAGGUGUGGCAUAUCAAGAAGCUGAUUAAACAGCAUGAUCAUUACACAGGUGCACCUUGUGCUGGGGACAAUAAAAGGACACUCUAAAAUGUGCAGUUUUGCCACACAACACAAUGCCACAGAUGUCUAAAGUUUUGAGAGAGCGUGCAAUUGGCAUGCUGACUGCAGGAAUGUCCACCAGAGCUGUUGCCAGAAAAUUGAAUGUUCAUUUCGCUACCAUAAGCCUCCAACAUCGUUGUAGAGAAUUUGGCAGUACUUCCAACUGACCUCACAACCGCGUGUAUGGCAUUGUGUGGGCGAGCGGUUUGCUGUUACAAUGCUGUGAACAGAGUGCCCCAUGGUGGCGGUGGGGUUAUGGUAUGGGCAGGCAUAAACUACGGACAACAAACACAAUUGCGUUUUAUCGAUGGCAAUUUGAAUGCACAGAGAUACCGUGACGAGAUCCUGAGACCCAUUGCCGUGCCAUUCAUCCACCGCCAUCACCUCAUGUUUCAGCAUGAUAAUGCACGGCCCCAUGUCGCAAGCAUCUGUACACAAUUCCUGGAAGCUGAAAAUAUCCCAGUUCUUCCAUAGCCUGCAUACUCACUAUGUCACCCAUUGAGCAUGUUUGGGAUGCUCGGGAUCAACGUGUAAGACAGUGUGUUCCAGUUCCCGCCAAUAUCCAGCAACUUCGCACAGCCGUUGAAGCGGAGUGGGACAACAUUCCACAAGCCACAAUCAACAGCCUGAUCAACUCUAUGCGAAGGAGAUGUGUCGCACUGGUCACACCAGAUACCAGAUACUGACUCGUUUUCUGAUCCACGCCCCUACCUUUUUUUAAAGGUAUUUGUGACCAACAGAAGCAUAUCUGUAUUCCUAGUCAUGUGAAAUCCAUAGAUUAGGGCCUAAUUUAUUUAUUUCAAAAGAACAGGCAAAAUCCUAGAGGAAAACCUGCUCCAGUCUGCUUUACACCAGACACUGGGAGAGGAAUUCACCUUUCAGCAGGACAAUAACCUAAAGCACAAGGCCAAAUCUACACUGGAGUUGCUUUCCAAGAAGACAGUGAAUGUUUCUGAGUGGCCGAGUUACAGUUUUGGCUUAUAUCUACUUGGAAAUCUAUGGCAAGACCUGAAAAUGUUUGUCUAGCAAUUAAUUUGACAGAGCUUGAAGAAUUUUGAAAAUAAUAAUUGGCAAAUGUUGCAUGGUCCAGGUGUGGAAAGCUCUUAGAGACUUACCCAGAAAGACUCACAGUUGUAAUCGCUGCCAAAGGUGAUUCUACCAUGUUUUGACUCAGGGGGUUGAAUACUUAUCUAUAUUUUAUUUAUACUGUAUAUAUACACACUACCGGUCAAACGUUUUAGAUCACCAACUCAUUCAAGGGUUUUUCUUUAUCUUUUACUAUUUUCUACAUUGUAGAAUAAUAGUGACGACAUAGAAACUAUGAAAUAACACAUAUGGAAUCGUAGUCACCAAAAACGUGUUAAACAAAUGAACAUAUAUUUUAUAUUUGAGAUUCUUCAAAUAGCCACCCUUUGCCUUGAUGACAGCUUUGCACACUCUUGGCAUUCUCUCAACCAGUUUCAUGAGGUAGUCACCUGGAAUGCAUUUAAAUUAACAGGUAUUCCUUCUUAGAAGUUAAUUUGGGGGGGGGGGGGGGGUAUACAGAAGAUAGCCCUAUUUGGUAAAAGCCCAAGUCCAUAUUAUGGCAAGAACAGCUCAAAUAAGCAAAGAGAAACGACAGUCCAUCAUUACUUUAAGACAUGAAGGUCAGUCAAUACGGAACAUUUCAAGAACUUUGACAGUUUCUUCAAGUGCAGUCGCAAAAACCAUCAAGCGCUAUGAUGAAACUGGCUCUCAUGAGGACCGCCACAGGAAUGGAAGACCCAGAGUUACCUCUGCUGCAGAGGAUAAGUUCAUUAGAGUUACCAGCCUCAGAAAAUGCAGCCCAAAUAAAUGCUUCACAGAGUUCAAGUAACAGACACAUCUCAACAUCAACUGUUCAGAGGAGACUGUGUGAAUCAGGCCUUCAUGGUCGAAUUGCUGCAAAAAAAAACAGUACAAAAGGACACCAAUAAUAAGAAGAGACUUGCUUGGGCCAUGAAACACGAGCAAUGGACAUUAGACUGGUGGAAAUCUGUCCUUUGGUCUGGAGUCCAAAUUGGAGAUUUUUGGUUCCAACCGUCGUGUCUUUGUGAGACGCGGUGUGGGUGAACGGAUGAUCUCCGCAUGUGUAUUUCCCACCAUAAAGCAUGGAGGAGGAGGUGUUAUUGUGUGGGGGUGCUUUGCUGGUGACAUUGUCUGUGAUUUAUGUAGAAUUCAAGGCACACUUAACCAGCAUGGCUACCACAGCAUUCUGCAGCGAUACGCCAUCCCAUCUGGUUUGGGCUUAGUGGGAUUAUCAUUUGUUUUUCAACAGGACAAUGACCCAACACACCUCCAAGCUGUGUAAGGGCUAUUUUACCAAGAAGGAGAGUGAUGGAGUGCUGCAUCAGAUGACCUGGCCUCCACAGUCCCCCAACCUUAACCAGAUUGAGAUGGUUUGGGAUGAGUCGGACCGCAUAGUGAAGGAUAAGCAGCCAACAAGUGCUCAGCAUAUGUGGCAACUCCUUCAAGACUGUUGGAAAAGCAUUCCAGGUGGAGCUGGUUGUAAGAAUGCCAAGAGUUUGCAAAGCUGUCAUCAAGGCAAAGGGUGGCUAUUUGAAGAAUCUCAAAUAUAAAAUAUAUUUUGAUUUGUUUAACACUUUUUUGGUUAGAACAUGAUUCCAUAUGUGUUAUUUCAUAGUUUAGAUGUCUUCACUAUUAUUAUACAAUGUAGAAAAUAGUACAAAUAAAGAAAAACCCUUGAAUGAGUAGUUGUUCUAAAACUUUUGACCGGCAGUGUAUAUAUAUAUAUUUAUUUAUUAUUACUUUGUAUUUAUUUUUUACAAAUGUUAAACAUUUACUUUCACUUUGACAUUACAGAGUAUUUUGUGUAGAUCGUUGACAAAAAAUGACAAUUAAAUUAAUUUUAAUCCCACUUUGUAACAUAUUAAAAUGGGGAAGAAGCCAAGGGGUGUGAAUACUUUCUGUAGUUGUCCUUAAAAUGUGUCCUCUUUUAUUAAGCAAAUUGCUUUGCAAUUUGCAAUGUGGGGAAACAUUUAAAUCAUUCAAUUGACUGAAAUUUCAAAGGAUAAAACCUUUCAUUCUAGCUGUAAACAUUUUUCUUUUCAUUUGAAGGACUUUCAUGAUGCAAGUGAUCAAUUCCUUGACUUAUACCUUGGGGAAGAUGAGGACACAUCUCAGAGAGUACAAGCUGACGGUCUGGACGCAGAGCCAGCUCAACAUAUGGAUGCUGCUGUAGAAGGUGCUUCAAUAAUAUUAGAGGAAUGUAUAUAAUUUACAUAUACUGAAUCUCUGAGUUAUUGGCAACCUUAGAGUAUACUUUAUAAUUUCAUAAAGUCAAUAUCAGUUUCUUUCCAUUCACAUGAAAACACUGCAUCUGUAUGCAUAUUUGGGAGUUGUAAUUAUAUUUUGUUGUUGUAACCAGUGGUGUAGUUGAGAAUAAACGCGCAUAAAUUAUUUUUAUUUUGUGCAGGAGUUUAACCACCUAUGACGGAAAAGUGCAUUGAAAAUAUAGGGAGCAUUACUUUAUUCACUGCGAACAGCCAUAAGCAGUUACCCACCAAUUUCUUUGGUUGUAUUUGUUAAUAACCAUCACAGGUUGUAUCCGUUUUUCACUACUAGCAUAACAACAGUAGGGAUGAUGCAGUAUAAUAGCAUUUAUUUAUAACCUUUUCAUGCCUGAAAAGACAGUUGUGUUGAAAACUCUUCAAUAUGUAUAGUCACUUGUUUUAUUAAAUCAAUAAUUUCAAAUGUCAUGGUAUAUCCCUGUGUGUAACAAUGUCACGAUGAUAAUAUAAUUAUUUCUAAUAAAACAAAGCUUUUACAUUGUUAUAAUAGGCCUACAAUUCAUUUUCUCCAAAAAUGAACAUUCACACAAGUAAUCGAAUACUAACGUCCAUUCGGAUAUUCAAAUAUUUGAAUAACUGUGCCAAUCCCUAGCUGCUACAACUCUUUUCCCAGAGAUUAAACAUUAUUAAUAACAUAACUUUUUGCUCUCUUCCACAGAGCUUUCCUCCCCUGGAAAUAUAACAGUUCACUAUGUUGGCAGUGACUCUGUUUCUCUGAGCUGGCUUCCUUUUGACCAGGCACAGAGGUACGAAUUGACCUACUCCUGCGACACCCAGAGAGAGAUCCUGUCCAUCCAAGGCUCCAACAGCACAGAGGUGGAAGGCCUGGACCCGGGGACAGAGUACACUUUCAGCGUCACAUCGUUCACUGACGAUAGGAAUCAGAGAGCGUCGGUCACAUUGCCCAUGUAUACAAGUAAGUGCUUUGAUUCAAACAUGACCUGCUGCAUUACAGGGAGAAUAAUGUUUCACUUGUGUUUUCAUUAUUCCAGUUAUAAUUGAUUGGGUCCUUUUUUGUCCUUUUUGCAGAACCUGUGCCACCCGAAAAGAUAAAGAUAGAUAAUGUCAGCAGUGAAUCAGUGUCUCUGAGUUGGGACAAACCGGUUGGUGUCAUUAAGGCAUGUCUCGUGACCUGUUCCUGUGACGGAGAGGAAGUCCAGAAGAUAACAACAGAAUCCAACACCCUGACAAUUUCCAGUCUGAUUCCAGGUGUCAAGUACUCCUUCCACGUUUCUACGGUGCUGAAGAACGGGACCCAAAGCAAGUCGGCUGUGACAUAUGCCCGCACAAGUGAGUGUAUUAAGAAUUUUACAUUUUCCCUGUGUGACUGUGACAGGAGGAUGUUUUACAAUGGAUUGAUUGACAACCAAGGAGGUCAAAUCUGAAACUGUUCUCUUUUCGUCUACAGAAACCCACCUGGAGAGCUUGCUGCUGGACCUGGGGUUGGAACAACACUACACAGAGAAACUCACCCUGAGCACCGUGCUGCAGAUCGAUGAGAAGACCGUCACUGAUGAACCUGCUCAGACUCUCUCAGCCCUGCCAUGGAUUUUCCUAAAAAGGUUAAUGAUGGUUAAUGUAACUGCUAGAAGUGUGAAAUGCACCACAUCAGGAGGCGAGGCAAGUUGUGAUGCUUCAUUUUGCAACAUAGACCUAGAUCUGGAGAAUCUUGUUGAUAACCUGGACUCUAGUAAUAUGGUAAACCCCUUAGACAUUGUUACUGCUCUCUUUCUGUGCUCUAACAGUUUUCUGCAGCAAGAGAUGGUCAUGAAAAUGUCAAUGUGUCAGUUUUCUGUGCCCCUGCUUCUCCCCAAUUGUGAGACAGAACAGUGUAUGCUCAUGCUUUGGGCAAUGCGAGACAUUGUCAAAAAGUUUAGACCUCAUUCAUUGGCAGACCCAAGAGGAUUUGUUGAAGACAGGAUUGUUUUCUCUGACCUCCCUAUGGUCUCUUUUGUCAGAUUGGGUGAGUGCUCUCUGUCCAAGUCACAGAUUCUUAACAAGCUACUGAGUAAUCCCCAACAGUAUCACGACACGUUUGUCCACCAUGACAUGGAAUGCGGUGAUAGUCCAAGGAGGAUAUCAAAUGGAUUGGUUGAAAUAAGCUGGUACCUCCCAAGUGGGAAAAAAAACAUUGAUAUUUUUGGUGAAGCUGUUGCUGUAACCAAUCUGAGAGGGGACAUCAGUUCUUUUGAAACACAAUAUUCCUUUCUUUGCCAGACCUCUGCAGCAGUCUUUGUAUUCUUUGACAACCUGGACACCAAGUACAAGCUACUGACCAGCCAACACACCAAGGCACAGCUGUUUCUGGUGGGUAACCCACAGAGCAAGAGCUUCAGCAUUGCUGCUUUAAAGAAAACAGCAGCAGAGUUGAACUUGAAGAAAAGCAACGUCAUCCUGAAAACCAAACAGAUGAAUGAUGCAGACUUUGUGAAGAACCUGCGAAACACAGUUGGUGAGGUGAUCAAGAGUUCAAAGUCCAGAAUGCCAUUGGAGCAGAUGGUUGAAGUGGCACACGAGCUUGGGAUCUUGGUUGAUGAGGACUGCCAAGAAUGUCAGAGUGCCAAGCAAAAUGCGGAUGCAAUCACGUCAAAAAUUCAUGACACACCACAGUAUAAGGAAAGACAGCUUCCCUUGCAAGGGCAGAUAUGGAAGGAGCUGGCACGUCUAGAGAAAGAGGAAUGCAGACUGCAGAAAGCUGGCGACAAGAACAUUGAGACGUACAAAAGUGAACUCCAAACAGAAAAAAGACAACUUAGGGAACAGCAAAGGAGGUAUGACAUGUCAGAGGCAAUGACCUGCUUCAUAAAUGCAAUAUCAAGCACAGGACUAGAGAGGUCCUACUUCUUGAAAUGGAUGCGUAUGAAUCUGGACAAUCUGUCUCGUAAAAACCUUUCUGGCCUUAGGGAGCUGUACAAAGAAAAGUCUCAGAACACAUCUGAAAACAAAGAAGAAAUUGCAUACCUUGAUAAACAGAUUUCAAACAGUUCUUUAGGAACGGAACAUUUCCUACGGGAAAUGGGUCAACUGUACGAAUCUGCGGUCUUACUGAGCGAAACUGAAGAGUCAAGGCAACAACUGCAGCAUUUGCCCAAACUAUGUGCUGAGUUGCUUCUGGAUGGGUUUCCUCUGGAGCUGGUGGAUGGAGAUGCGUCCAACAUACCUCUGAGAUGGGUGAGUGAUGUGCUGCAUCAGCUCAAUGUCUUGGUGCAGCCAAAGAACAAGAUCCUGGUGGUAACCGUUCUAGGUGUUCAAAGCACGGGAAAGUCCACUCUACUGAAUACUAUGUUUGGAGUGCAGUUCGCAGUCAGUAGUGGCAGAUGCACAAGAGGGGCCUUCAUGCUUCUCAUCAAAGUCAAAGAUGACUUCAAGAAAGAGCUGAACUGCGACUUUGUAGUGAUCAUCGACACAGAAGGACUGAAGUCUCCAGAGCUGGCACAGCUGGAUGACAGCUAUGAGCACGACAAUGAGCUAGCCACACUAGUUGUCGGGCUGAGUGAUGUCACAAUAAUAAACAUUGCCAUGGAGAACUCAACCGAGAUGAAGGACAUCCUUCAAAUUGUUGUCCAUGCUUUUCUCCGGAUGAAAGAGGUGGGAAGGAAGCCCAAGUGUCAGUUUGUCCACCAGAAUGUGGCAGAUGUCUCGGCACACGACAAGAACAUGAGAGACCGGAAACUACUGUUGGAGCAAUUGAACGAGAUGACCCAGGCAGCAGCCAGCAUGGAAAGCAAAGAAGAUAACAAGAUCUUCACAGAUGUAAUGGAAUACAACCCAGAGACUGGUAACUGGUACAUCCCUGGACUUUGGCACGGUAGCCCUCCAAUGGCACCUGUCAACGCUGGGUACAGUGAGUCCGUCUACGAGUUUAAAAAAAACAUGAUUGAAGUUUUGGAGAAAUGUGAGGCCUCUGGAAACAACAUAACAGAGUUUCUGGAGUGGACAAAAAGCUUGUGGAAUGCUGUGAAGUAUGAAAACUUCAUUUUCAGCUUCAGAAACAGUCUAGUGGCUGAUGCCUACAUGAAGCUGUGCACUGAGUUCCACAAAUGGGAAUGGUCAUUCAAAAAGCACAUGUACACUUGGGGAACAAAUGCUGAAACAAGGAUCUCCAACUUUGGGACAAUCACUGUGAAAUCUGAGGCAUCAGACAUGAAAGACUUGAUUGGCAAAUUGAAAAACAAAGCUUUGCUUGAGCUUUCCAAAUGGGAGAAGACCAUUCUUGACAACUUGACAAAGUAUUAUGAACAAACAGAAGGCCAUGUGCAUCUAGUGGAGGGAUACAGAGAGGUAUUCUCCAACAGUGCAAAAAGCCUUCGACGAGAAAUGGAGAACUCUGUGCUGAAUCAACUUGAAGCAGCUGCUGAGAUCAGACAGGGAAUGAACAAUCUGGACACAAUAAAGAAGACCCACACAGCAAGACUGGAAGAGAAUGUGCUGGGAUUAAUUGAUGAAUGCAGGAAGAGCAAAUCUAAGAAAUCGGAUAGGGAGCUAGAGAGAGAUUUUGAUCAGAUGUGGAAUGAAACUGUGCGGAAGUUGUCCUUCAAAGGAUUGAAGAAUGAAAACAUUUGUGUAAAGAUUUUUCGCCAGCUCCGUUCAAACCUGACCCGGAAGGGAAGUUCUGUGAAUGAAAUGAUAGCUAGAGUAAGGCUGGAACAAUUUGGAAAAGAGCCAUUCAAAGUCCCUUCUGAUGGGUUUAUAAGGAAAGUAAAACAACUGUUUCACUUGGAUGAACCACACACAGAAAACCCAGUUGAUGGCUGA